ACUCCAGCUCUUGCAUUGCCACACUGUUGCUUCUUCCCCGGCCUCCGGCCGCCUGCUGCCUCUUCAUUUCUCAUACUAGCAGUACCCCACCUCUCUCCGACCAGCAGGCCGGCUACGUACACCAUCCGUUCCACGUACGCGCGCGCGCGGCUCCAUCAUAUCUAUCGAUGGCCGGCACCGUGUGCUCCAUGUGCGGGGACGUCGGCUUCCCGGACAAACUCUUCCGCUGUGCCCGCUGCCGCCGCCGCUCCCAGCACUCCUACUGCACGAACUACUACGGCAACGCGGCCCCUGCGGAGGCUGGCGCCGGCGUCUGCGACUGGUGCCUCAGCGACGACGUGGGAGGGAAGAAGAGGCAGUUCUCUUCGGCGUCGGGAUGCAGCAAGCAGCAGCAGCAGCAGCAGGCGGCAGAAGGCAGGAGCGAGCAGCAGCCGUUCCUCACCAACGGAUGCGGCAAGGGUGCCGGCAAGGUCACCGGCGGCGAGCAGGAAGGAGGCCGGAGAGUCCGCAGGUACAAGCUCCUCAAGGACGUGAUGUGCUAGCUAGGUGCUCUGUAAGAUCCUGGUGAACGGUGGACCCCAUGUGGCCGGCCGUGAUGUACAAAGCAAUGCUAAUUAGACAGAUAAACCUAGAUCAGCUAUCUAGCUCGAUCGCUAGCGUGUUACUUCGAUGCAUGGUUCAAACCUUGCCCGGGGCGGACAAGGGUACAAACCCCGUUCAAAUUCUUGUUUUCUAAUAGAUUUCAGGGGACUUAAGUCUCUUUCAUGAAGUUGCAAAAGCCUAGACAUCGGUAUGCUUCUGUAUCCCGAUCUAUCCUUAUCUGUAUGAUUGUUUCUGUGUUAU